UCUUCGUGUCGAUGCUUUGUUCUCUUCACGACGCAAAAUUCGGCUGGAUCCAACGAGUGCGUUUUUUCGUUUAAGACCGAAUUUUUUUAAUAAGCGCGAUGCGAGUUUUCACGUUUCGCCGUUUUAGGCACCACAACGUUAUCGUUUGACGUCUUGGCGCAGGCAUCUAGACACAACGUGACGAUAUUCUUCGUGACAGCGACGAUCAACAGUCCAGAAGACGUGUUCAGCCAAAACGAUAAUCAAACGCAUUUAUGCAGCAACAUCCUAAUAUCUGCGAUCACGUAGAUUUUCGAAAUUAAAUUUGAUAGCAUAUUCAUUGAAAUGAGAAGAGUGGCUGUCGUAGUCGAACAUUACACGGACGAUUUACGGACGUAGCUUGAAAGCCGGCGGCGAUCGUUUCUGCAACGCGACAAUGACAAAACCACGAUAAAUACCCGGUCUAGAACGUCGAUCCGUCAGAGAUAACGCAAUCCGGAAGGAAGGUAAAUUCGUCAGAGAGACUCUGUGUCGGAGAUGGCGACCAACAGUCCCGGACAAUCGAUCCAUAUCAAGUCUCCGAGGAGUCCACGGCAGCUGCCGGCGCUACCUCGCCUCCAGCAGCAGGUGCCGAUCGCCGAGCAACGGAGUCCGACUCCCGGUCAUUCGUUGACCAAGUCGCCCGGUACCCCGCUGGUCUUCGAAUUCCCGCCCGAGUACUACCCGGAGACGCCCAAUACGAACUUCGACUUCGACGAGUUUGGGCGCGCCGGCGAGCUCGAGCAGCAGCGCGGGCCCAGGAGUCCCAGAAGUCCCAGGAGUCCCAGUUACUAUACCCGCGUCACGGGGCCACCGCGCAGUCCCAUGACCCCCAACAGCGAAAUACUGCACUCGCCUGGCCACAAAUCGCCCAUCUUUCAAUUCUGCGAUCCGCGCAAGAAUCUGAAACAAGCGGCGAGCUACCCAAUGUCGGCGACCUCGUCAUCGAUGAUCGAUCGCAGUAGAUCAGUCAAUUCGUCAUGCGGUUAUGGUCAGAGGAGCCCGAAACCCUUUAAUCGGCGGAGGAAUUCCUGCUUUGGUCUAACAAGCUUGAAGAGUCCUAUGUCGCCGACGAUAGUAACGCCGACAUCGCAUAACGCGACCAGUCCAAAAGCGGAUCGAAGCCCGGAUGUGGAUCAGAAGAGCGUCAGCAGGGAGACUGUGGGAUAUAAAAGCAACGAUACAGGCAAAUCGCCAUCUAUGGAGGGUUCUCUUGGUAUGCAUGAAAAAACCGCCGAGGAAACCGGCGAAAGGUCGAAAAGUAUAAAAAUGAACGGGCGUUUCAACAAGAGCCAAGGGUGCCUGGAUGAAGUCGGUCGUGAACAUCGUGAGGGAUCGAAAGAGCGCUCGAGACAUAGAAGAGGCGAGAAAAAUAUGUCUCGACGAUCGACGAGUGAUCUGACGGAUAUGGGCGAGGCUGAUACUGAGAUCACCAUGCUGUCCAGCCCUAGAAGGAGAGGCUCCAUGAAGGGCGGCCUUGCCUAUCUGGCAUCCAGACGUGGCUCCCGCGAUAGUCAAUGCUCCAACAUAUCCAACGUUACCAACGAAGAUGUUGGCCCCUUAAAUUUUAGCGCUCAUCCGCGCGGCCGACAACGCAGGACUUCGAAUUUUCUUGAACUGCCCGUACCGGAUCAUAUACGACCACGUGUGCACAGUCUACCGGAAAAAGCAUAUAAUCCCAGAGCCAGCGAUGACCUCUACAGACUCAGAGCUUUCAGUAUCACUCACAAGGGUGUCGUAAAUCGGGGUGAUUCUAUCAUUUCCAGGCGCAGCAGAAGCAACACUUCCGUCAAUAGUAGCAGAAACAGCAAUGUUUCGGGGGAGAGAUCACCAUUUGAAGGCUCUUGUUGCAGUGGGCAAGACGCUAGCACCGAUAGCGAUAUUGAGGAAACUAUUUCAAAGUAUAGGGUAAUCUUGCUGGGAGACUCCGGUGUGGGAAAGACGGCUUUGGUCUCGCAAUUCAUGACAAGCGAAUACAUAAACACGUACGAUGCCAGUCUAGACCAUCACCUUUAUGUUGUAGAUGACGAGUUCGGAGAAAAAACCGUUUCCAUUUUGUUAGAUGGCGAGGAAUCGGAAAUGAUCUUUAUCGAUCAUCCGCAUGUAGAAAUGAGCGUCGAAAACUCUUUGUCGACAUAUGAGCCACAUGCUUGCAUCGUGGUUUAUUCAAUCGUUUCACGUACGAGCUUUCAAGUGGUUGAAGAGAUACUAAAUUAUCUAUGGCAAGAACAUUACACUCAGGAACAUACGGUCAUCGUCGUUGGCAACAAGUCCGACCUCGUCAGAAGUCGGACAAUUUCGGCAAAUGACGGGAAGCAGUUGGCCACAUCGCGCGAGUGCAAAUUCAUUGAAACAUCUAGUGGGCUCAAGCACAAUGUGGACGAGCUUCUGGUCGGCGUUCUGAAGCAAAUCCGCCUAAGAGAGUCCCGCGAAAAGAAACUUCGACGUCAAGGCAGCAAAGGCAAACUAUUGUCAAAACUGCACAAUAGCAAAACUGUUCUGAGUCUAAACCUCGCUAGGGAAAUUCUCAACAAGAUGUGCUUGAACGACAGCAAGAGCAAGAGCUGCGAGAACUUGCACGUGCUGUGAAAUAUUGCGACGGAAUAUAGAGGAGGGAAAGCAGGAAUGGCGGGAAGGGAUCCCUUUUACGAUCGAGGAAUGUUUCUCGAGCGAAAGCACGAACGGUAAUUGAGAUCGAGAAGGUGAAUGCGACACUUCUCUGCGAGGGUGUUGCAUAAUAUUUUCAUUUUUUCUUAUCCACGCGGACAUUAUGAGGUUUAUGUCACUUCAACUUGGACAAGACUUUUUCAGUCAGGAGGUCGUAACGAUUUUACGGCUUGCGUACUGAUUAUGUAUUCCGGUAACGAGUCGUUGUUACGACCUACGUAUUCUAUGUUCGACGUUUUAUUCAAAUCUUUGUUCUUGCAACGCGUUUUUGCAAUAGAUCUCUGGCAUUAUCCGAUGCAUCUUUAUAUUGCAGAGUAUUAAUUCGCAUUGAUUUCAAACGCAUGCAAAACUUUGUUCCGUAUAUCAUUAACUUUUUUUUUAAAUUUUUCUAUGAAUCGGGCAUUAAAAUGAAAUAACGAACAAUGAAGGGAUACAGAAAAAUAAAUAUUGCAUAUUCUUGUUAUUUUUUAAACAUUCUUUAAAUUUCAUUAAAUAUAAUUAUAUUAAUUUUAUAUCAUUAUUUUUUAAUACGAUAAUGACAAUAGGAUUAAUUCUUUUACUAUCUAAUAUUUUUUGCAAAGAGAAAUGAGUCUCCGUGAUGGAUUUAAUAAAUUACUAAUUAACACAUACAUAUAAAUAUACUAAGCCUUGUAAAACUCAUCCAAGCAAUGUAUCCCUUGGAAACGUGCUUCGACAGGAAAAAGGCUACAGGUGGAUAUACCUGAUUAAAGGAUUAAAUGGGCUCUCAACCUUCGCCGUCUCGUUUUCUCUUCUCGUACGUGCUCAUAUAGUUGACAGUAUGAGAGUAACAGGUAAGAGCGGAUUGAGCACGAAGUGGAUACCGAGCCCCAAUAUACGUUAUCAUGAUUACAAGAAUAAGACCCCGCAACAUGCGUGUAUGUGCGUGUGAGAUUGUGUGCAUGCGCGCGCGUGAUCUAGAAAUUAGAAUUUAAGAUUAACGAUCUUAGACAAGAUCUACUCCGUUCGGGCGCGAGAUGAAUGGCAGUGCAGGUAAAACUGAUGUGCCGUCACUCUGCAAUGCAGCGAUUUGAUUAUUUAGAGUCUAAUGAGUCGUAUAUGCGUUCGAUCCCACGCACAGAUGGGAUCGGCGCUUACAGUGCGGCACUUCGAUAAUUGCGUUUUGUGAAUAAAGCCGCCUUUGUGUGAACGACACGAUUGCUGGCCAAAUAUUCCUCGAUAUCCCAAAACAAGAUUUUACCUAAAACGCGAGAUUGAUGAGAUUACAAUAAGAAAAAAAGUUAAUGCUCCACAAAAUUGAGUGUUGUUCCAUAAAAAAAGCUAAUUUAUUUUUAAUUCAGAUAAUAGCGUGAAUCUUUGAAUUAUUAUAAUUUAUUAGAAUUUAAUUUUGUUAUCGCGAAACGCGUCUUUUUCUGUAAAUGCGAAAUAAUUGUAGAAAGUUUAUAUGCAAUAAUUGCGUGUAUGCAGUAUGGAAUAUAUUAAAAAAAUUAAUUAGCAUAAAAAGUUUAUCACAUUAAGUUAUACACAUUGAAAUUUCCAUUUCCAAAUAUUUGAAAAUAAAUGCAUCGCAAUAAUAACGACGACCACGACAAUUACAAUUUUUCAAAAUAUUUAUAUGCAAUUUUUUCAAAAUAUUUAUACGCAUGCUAUUGUUCGUUGAAUAUUGGAGAUCGCAGAAAUAAAAAUAUGGACUUUCAAAAUAAGUGAGAAAUUAGAGAGUUUAAAUAAUGAUAAAUGAUAUUUGCAAAUAUUAUUUUGGCCAUUAUAUAACUUGGUUUUUAAAUAUUUAACUCGGAAAUAUAAUUUAUUAUUAUUUGUACAUAAAUGCCUCAAUAUUAAUUCGAAAUAGAAUAAACAUUAUGACAGAAUUAUAUUCAAACUACAAUUACAAAUAAAUCAAAAUAUAUAAUUACAUACAGCGCUUUGUAAAAGGAAAAAAAAACAAAUUUUUUUUUAGAUCUUUGCAAAAUGAUGUCGUCCACCACAUAAUCGAUCAUGAAAUUAAAUCUUAAGGGAUAAAGGAAUGAAAUAAAAAUCACUUUAUUGUUGAUGGCAACAUUAUACGAUCAUACGAUAUUCAAUAAUUGUUCUAAAUCACGUAUAUGUAUGUCAUUUUAUUACACUGGACGCAGGAUUCGUCCGUUCGCGACGCUGGUCGUCUUUUCACUUUAUAAAACGUAAUUUAUUGUAAUAUCUACAUAUACAUAUAUAACGAUACGUCUCAUAUAGAAUAAAGUACUGUUUAUCGGUGGAACACAAUGUUAAAUGUCAGAUUUGACAUUCUUACUGCAUUAUCUCUUAACUUGCUGCAUUACCUAAAUAAAUUUUCAUUCUCUGCCUACGUACAUCCGUAUAUUUACAGCUACGGUUGUAACUUAGAUAGGAAUAGCUAAUCGGAAUUAGCUUAACUAAAGUUGUAACACACUUCAACAAAUUUAAAGUGCUGCCUGUAUUUUUCAUCAUUAAGCACUAACAUUGUAGUUAGCAUUAAUUGCCAUAAUUUCAAUUAUUAUAGGAAAGUAAAAAUAAUGGUGUUUGCAGAUAUAGAUUAUCAGGAAAAAUGUGCGCUUCUAAAUUGUUCCUUUUAAUAUUUUUAUAAUUUUAUGUAUACUAGAGUCCUAGAUUAUCUAGGACUCUA